GUUGCCGAGCGAGGGCAGGAGAUGGAAAAAAUAAUUAAAUAAGAAGGCAACAUCAGUACAGCAGAAGGAGCACGGGGCUUGGAGUCCUAAAUCUCAGAACAUCUUGAACCUAAUAUGCUUUAGACGGUGUGGCAAUUAUUACCCAUCCAUUUGUUCAUCAAGUAUUAAUUCGUUUCAACUCCAAGAACCUACAAUAAGAAACUGAGAACUGUGACUACCCAGAUGUUAUGGACUGAAUGUUUGUGUCCCCCAAAAUUAUAUGUUGAAACCCCAACCUCCAAUGUGAUGGCGUAAGGAGGUGGGGCCUUUGGAAGAUUAGGUCAUGAGGGUGGAGCCCUCAUGAACAAGAUUACUGCCCUUAUAAAAGAGAUUCCAGAGAGCUCUCUUGCCCCUUCUGCCAUAUUAGGACACAGUGAGAAGACAACCCUCAUCAGACAUCAGAUCUGUCCCUACCUUGAUCCUCAACUUCCCAGCCUCCAGAACUGUGAGAAAUAAAUGUUACUUAAGCCACCCAGUCUAUAGUAUUCUGUUAUACCAGCCCCAACAAACUAAGAUACCAGAUAUGGUUGGGUAAUGGUCAUUUCUUACUUACCUCUCUCUGUAGUACUACUUUCCAGCACCCCAGCCUCCUGCCAUGUCCGACCCCAUCACGCUGAAUGUCGGGGGGAAGCUCUAUACAACCUCACUGGCAACCUUGACCAGCUUCCCUGACUCCAUGCUGGGCGCCAUGUUCAGCGGGAAGAUGCCCACCAAGAGGGACAGCCAGGGCCACUGCUUCAUUGACCGUGAUGGCAAAGUGUUCCGCUACAUCCUCAACUUCCUGCGAACCUCCCACCUGGACUUGCCCGAGGACUUCCAGGAGAUGGGCCUGCUCCGCAGGGAGGCUGACUUCUACCAGGUGCAGCCCCUGAUUGAGGCCCUGCAGGAGAAGGAGGUGGAGCUGUCCAAGGCCGAGAAGAAUGCCAUGCUCAACAUCACGCUGAACCAGCGUGUGCAGACGGUCCACUUCACUGUGCGUGAGGCACCCCAGAUCUACAGCCUCUCCUCUUCCAGCAUGGAGGUCUUCAACGCCAACAUCUUCAGCACCUCUUGCCUCUUCCUCAAGCUCCUCGGCUCCAAGCUCUUCUACUGCUCCAAUGGCAACCUAUCCUCCAUCACCAGCCAUUUGCAAGACCCCAACCACCUGACUCUGGACUGGGUGGCCAAUGUGGAGGGCCUGCCUGAGGAGGAGUACACCAAGCAGAACCUCAAGAGGCUGUGGGUGGUGCCAGCCAACAAGCAGAUCAACAGCUUCCAGGUCUUCAUGGAGGAGGUGCUGAAGAUCGCGCUGAGUGACGGCUUCUGUAUCGAUUCUUCUCACCCACACGCUGUGGAUUUUAUGAACAAUAAGAUUAUUCGAUUAAUACGGUACAGGUAAAAGGAUCCCAGCAACAUUGGAGGGGGGGCUUCCCAAAGCCAAGAUCUUGGAGAGU